GGACUCGGGAACUUGUUUGUUCUCAGUUUCGGUGAAAGAACGGUGUGAGCAGCCAUGGAGCUAAACUGGAGUGUACUGGGAGUACUGGUCUACAGCUUGAUUACAAGCACUCUCGGAGGGGUGACCACGCCUAACAAGGAGAUCCGUGUAAAGGAAGGAGCGUCUGCCGAGCUCCUGUGUCAGUACACCAGUGACUUCCAGAACCCGCGGGUGGAGUGGAAGUUUGUGAAUAACGACCAGGAAACCAGCCUUAUAUAUUACGAACUGAAGCUCACAGCGCCCUACAAAGACCGCGCGGUAUUUUACCCCCAAGGCUUGGGGUUAAACAAAAUAACAAGAAAGGACAAUGGUGAAUACACGUGCGAGGUCACCGGGGACGACGCCGCGGGAAACCCGCUAUACGGAGAAGCCAAAAUCGGACUGGUGGUUCUAGUGCCACCCUCUGUGCCCGUGGCUCAGGUACCCACCUCUGUGACCAACGGCGGUGUGGCCACGCUCAGCUGCAUAGAGAAGGACAGCUCCCCGCCUGCCUCGUUUACGUGGUACAAGAACAAAGUCCUACUGCCCGAGAACCCCAAAUCCAGCCCGAGCUUCCAGAACUCAAGCUACACAUUGGAUCCCAAAACUGGGGUGCUGAAAUUCGACCCGGUGACAAAGAACGACGUCGGAGAGUUUUACUGCGAAGCAAAGAACACAGAGGGGCAACAGAUUUCUGCCGUGGUGCGCAUGGAUGUCCACGAUGUGAACGUGGGGGGAAUCGUGGCUGCGGUCAUCGUUGUCCUUCUGCUCCUGGCAUUAAUCGCCUUUGGCUUGUGGUUUGCUUACAGCCGCGGCUACUUUAACAAGAAAACAAACAAAAAAGUCAUUUACAGCCUGCCGUCUGAGACCCGCAGUGACCGCAACUUCCAGCAGACCUCGUCCUUCCUGGUUUGAUCGCAAGGCGUCGCUCGUGUCGCCGGAUCCCGCAGCCGCGCGGCGGUUUUAUUGUAAAUUGUACCGUAUGAACAGUUAUUUUACAGUUUUUCUGUAACGAGUAUGAAUGCAUCCCCUUUCUGCGCAGGUGCGCAGCACAUCGGAUCGGCCUCCAUUACCGUGUGCGUUUUCCUUGUGAGGCCUUAUUUAUUAAGCCGGAUCUCCUUUUGGUUUUAUCUUUUUUU